GGUCCUUGGCGCUCUCCGUAGUACAGGAAGUGUUUUGGUAACUAGGGAAACCUGAGCGGUUGGAUGGAAUAAAGGCGGAGGGACGUCAAAAAGUUUUGUGAAGACCGAUGGCUCUUCCGACUUUCUCGGCCCGUGGCCCCAGUCGGUCGCGGAUGCUAGCCGAGCAGCUGGCCCGGCAGCGGGAGCAGGAGGCUCGGUGGCGCCAGCAAUGGGAGAUGCAUGCUCGGUACUUCAGGGAGCAGGGCGUCCGCAGCCAGAGGCAGGCGGCGUGGAGCUCCGGUCACUCCUUCCGCCAGAGUAUGUCCGCAUACCAUGAAGAGAGAAUGAAGGAGGAAAAGAAAGCCAAGCUUGAGCAGCGCAGAGAACGGCUCAGGGUCAUGCUUCAGGAGGAGCGAGACCGUCUGGAGGCAGAACUCAGGGACUUGGUCCCUGAUAGGACUGAACUGUUAGGUCAGUGGGAGGAGAAAGCGGAAGCGCUUCGUAAGGCCAGAGAGGAAAGAAGGAAAAAGGUUGCACAGGAACUCCUGAAAGAGCACUGGAAGAAAAACAGCCCAGACCUGCGUGAGGUCGAGUCAGCAUUGCACAAAGAUCACGUCGUCAACCAGUGGCAGGAGCAGAUAUCCGAGAAGAAAGAGAAAGGAGCGUGUGAGCGGGAGGAGACGACGCGCUUUGAAAACGAGUAUGAGAGGAGUCGAAAAGAAGCACUGGAGAGGAUGAGGCAGGCGGAGGAGAGGAGGAGAGAAGAGGAGCGGAAGAGGGCCGAAGAGCUCCGGAAACAGAUGGAAGAGCUGAAAAUGAGGGAGGAGGAGGCCACGCGUCUAAAAAAGGAGCAGGAGGCGCUGCUGGUCAAGCGGUGGGAGCUGGAAAAGAUGGAGGAGGAAAGGAAGAAGGCAGAGGAAAGGCAAAGGAAACGGGAAAUUGGCCACUUCCUGGUCCGUCAGUAUCGCGCUCAGCUGAAGAGGAGAGCCCAGCAAGUCCAGGAGGAACUGGAGGUCGACUGCAAGAUUCUGGCCGCCUUGCUGGAGGAAAAGGAGGAUGAAGAGCAGCUGCAGACGUUGAGAAGAGAACGAGCGGUUGCAGACGCCGCCUGGAUGAAGCAAGUGAUAGAAGAGCAGCUCGAGCUGGAGCGCAGGAGGGAGGCCGAGUUUGACGUCCUGCACAGAGAAGAAGCUCAGCGUGUAUGGGAGAAACGGGAGGCCCAAUGGGAGAAGGAGAAGAAGGCCAGAGAGCGACUCAUGCAUGAGGUGCUUGUUGGGAGGCAGCAGCAACUGGAGCUAAAAAUGCUGAAAAACCGGGAAGCUCAAGAGGAAUCGCUGAAGAGGCGGGAGGAGCUGAUCCAGGAGCUGGAGCUGGAGAGGAAGCUUAGACGUCUGGAAAAAGAGACGGACGAGGGCCGUAGGACAGCAAGGAUGCAAGAGCUGAGGACCCAGGUGGAACAGAAGCACCAAGAGCAGCGGGAAGAGCAUCGCAGAGCACUGCAGGAGGAAGAGGAGGAAAGGAAGGCUCUGGAAGUUCAAGAGGAAGACCUGAAGGCUGAGAUGCAGAAGAUGGCUGAGAAAGGUUACCAAGAAAAGAUUCACAGCAGACCUCGAUCAGCCUGGACAUAACCAACAUGGAAGGUGUUUAUUAACCUGUAGGAGGAUCACCUCAUCGACGUCUAACAAUGGAAAAUUCACCAUGAAUCAAAAGCUCUUCAGAUGAAGCUACAUUCUGUUCCAGUGCAGCUCUUCUAAUGGCUCACCGUAACGGUGUUUAGAUUCAGCACCAAACAGUAACUCUUUCAGUGGAGUGCAUGCAGGGACCUACAUGAGCUGACAAUCCCCGCUAAAACCCUAUUUUGACAGGAUGUUGUUUUUGUUGUUUUGCACCAGGGACUUUUAGUUUCGUAAUCAAAUCAAGGACCAUCCAAAUGGUCACCAAGGAGAUAAACAGAUUCAGCUCUAAAUCUGUUUGAGGAUGCUUUUAGAUAUUAAAACAAAACGCAAAUCUUUCUUUUUGUGCCUUUUCAAAGGAUAAAAAAAUAUAUUGAUUGCAGCAAGCCCAAUAUGUUGUGCCAUGAUGAACUUUGUGUUUUGUUCCUGUAUGUUCAUAUUGUUCUUCGUUUUGCACUUUUAGAUUUCCUCAGGUAGGAUAGAUUUUCUAUGCUGAAUUUGUAGACCUCAAAUAAAAUAAUUGCAACCAAACAAGUGGGACAU